GGCAGCUGUGGCCCGUCGUGCGCGCGCUGGCCCCCAACAAGCAACACUACAGGCGGCGGCUGUGGCAGGAGCUGUGGGGCCCUGACGCUGCCCCUGGCGCGCCCUUCGCCGAGGCAUGCCCGAAUGCCGUGCUCGGCGACGGGUGGGUGGCGCUGGCGCCAGACGCCUUCGAGGCAUCGAUGCGCAAAGCAGGGGUUCCCGACGACGAGUCCUGCGUCAAGCACAUCCUCGAGAAGCACAGCGGCGAGGCGCGGCGCUGGGGGGGGCGCGGGUGGAGGGGCGUGCCUUCUGAAUUCGUGGGCAAUCUCUGCCGCGUCAGGUUCUGGCAUCACCAGUGCGCCACGAGCGAAAAGGCGCGUGAUUACCUGGCCUGGAAGAACGCUGGCAGGGAUACGGACUUCCUGCCUCUGGCGGAGAUGAAGUGGAUCCUGGGCGUGGAUGGUGGCGAGACCGCGCAUCUGAAGUGCGUCGAAGACGACUCUGCCUCUGGCGAGACGUGGUACAUCAGGACAGAACAGCUCGUGACGCUGGCGGAGAUGUUCAGCUACGGGCGCCGCCUUUGCUCGUGCCACUUCCUGUGCACGUUGUACCUCCGACAACCGACAUUCGCGACGAGGAAGGAGCACAGCGAGUCGCAGACGGCGGGGGGGCACGCUUGCCUGCGCGCGGGCAAGGGCGGCGGCGAGUUCGAUCCGUCGCGGAUUUCCCGCAACAAGUUGUGGUGGCGCGACGAGCGCGCGUUCGAGACGUUCAACGAGCUUUUGGCGCCUGCGGGGCUGAAGGAUUUCCUCGACAGACACUCCGACGAAUUCGCCUGGCGCGAGAAGGCCGACAACAAAGGCAUGCUCAUCGCAUGGGCGAACUGGGCGCGGCAGGAGGAGCGCGUCCCGCCAUGGGCGCGCCCCGCCAUGGGCGAA